AUCAAAAUUACUCCGGAAUCCGGAUAACUGCACAGCCUCCGAUGAUCACCACCGGCCACAUCCACCGCCGACUUCUUCUCCGUCGCGCACUCGCGCCUUGCUUUAGUCUAUGGAAAUUGAUCACGUCCAUGAGAAAUUCGUAGCUGGGAAUGCUUUUAUAAUGCGUUUUUGACAGAUGAAAGGACGCUUUUCUCAAAUCAUUCAACAAAAGGUAAGAUCCUGGCCCGAGUAUCGAAUUGAUUACCAAUGGUUUUCUGAUGUUUUAAAAUCUUGUGCAACCAAUUUAGAUGCGAAUUUGGGAAGGACCCUUCAUAGCAAUGUUGUUAAACUAGGCCAUGGUUCUUGUCAGCUGGUUUCUAAAGCUUUACUUAACAUGUAUGCCAAAUGUAAUGCUCUUGAUGAUUGCCAGCGCCUUUUUCAUCAAAUUCAAUGUUGUGAUACAGUCAUGUGGAACAUUGUUUUGUCUGGGUUUGCUGGUUCUAGGAUUCAUGAUCUUGAAGCAAUGAGUUUUUUCCGUUCAAUGCAUGCUUCCCAGGAAACUGAAAUAAGUACUGUUAGUCUUGCUAUAAUACUUCCAGUUUGUGCACGCAUUAGGUGUUUGAGUUUUGGUCAAAGUGUGCAUUGUUAUGCUACUAAAGGUGGGUUGGAUUCUGAUACAUUGGUAGGAAAUGCUUUGGUGUCUAUGUAUGCGAAAUCAAGGUUUGUCGUGGACGCGUAUAACGUGUUUGAUGGAAUUGCGGAGAAAGAUGUUAUUUCAUGGAAUGCAAUCAUUUCGGGUUUUUUGGAGAAUGAACUUUUAGAUGAUGCUUUUGAAAUGUUUCAAGGGAUGUUGAGAUGGAACAUUUGUCCGAAUUAUGCAACGAUUGUGAACGUUCUGCCUUUGUGUGCUCGCUUGAAGGAGAAUUUUGGUGGUGGUUUAGGAAUGGCAAUUCAUGCCUAUGUUGUGAGACGCACAGAGUUGGCAGUAGAGAUAUCUGUGCUAAAUGCUCUUUUAAGCUUCUACUUGAGGAUAGGACAGUUGGAGUAUGCCAAAACCUUAUUCAACAAUAUGCAAUUUAAAGAUCUGGUGUCCUGGAAUUCGAUGAUUGCUGGAUUUUCACGCAAUGGUGAAUAUCUUAGAGCUUUGGAGAUGUUUUAUGAACUUGUGGUCCUGCAGGCAAUGGCACCAGACCCUGUUACUCUUGUUAGUAUUCUUCCUUCCUGUGGCCAACUACAAUAUGCAAAUGUAGGGAAACAAAUCCACGGCUAUGUUGUUCAUCAUCCUGUCUUACGCGAGGAUACUAAUGUGCAAAACGCAAUAAUAAGUUUUUAUUCCAAUUGUAAAGACAGAGGAUCUGCACUGAAGACAUUCUUUUCCAUGUCUAAGAAAGACUUAGUUUCCUGGAAUACCAUACUUGAUUGUCUUUGUGAAACGGAAUCCAGAUCGGAGUUUGUUGAUCUUUUACGUGUUAUGUUCAGAGAAAGACUGAAUCUUGACUCAGUUAGUAUUCUAACCAUUAUCCGGUUUUGCAGUUCUGUUUCCAGAAUAGAUAAGGUCAAAGAAGCUCAUGGAUUUUCUUUAAAAUAUGGAAUCCUGCUUAGUGAUGAUGAACCUACUGUUGGAAAUGCACUAAUUGAUGCAUAUGCAAAGUGUGGGAAUUUGGAUUAUGCAUAUAAGAUUUUUGAAUGCGUAUCGAGAAGGAAAAAUUUGAUUACAUGGAACUCAAUGAUCUCGGGAUUUGUAAAUCACGGUGCUCAUGAAGAUGCAUUUAAGAUGUUUCAGAACAUGACACAGAGGGAUCAAACCACGUGGAAUCUUAUGGUACGGGUUUACGCUGCAAAUGGUUUUCCUGCUCAAGCUCUUAGUCUGUUCCAUGAGAUGCAACUUGCUGGUGUAAAACCUGAUGCAAUGUCCAUCAUGAGUCUUCUCCCUGUAUGUGCCCAAUCUGCCUCUGUAAGUUUAUUGAAGCAGUUGCAUGGCUAUGUGGUUAGGGCUUGUUUCGCUGAUGUGCAUCUGAUGGCGGCUCUGCUAGAUAUGUAUUCGAAAUGUGGAAAUGUGAACUAUGCAAGUAGUCUAUUCCACUCAACAGCCAGAAAAGACCUUGUUCUUUUUACAUCAAUGAUCGGAGGAUAUGCAACAAAUGGAAUGGGUGAAAAGGCAAUCCAAGUCUUUCAUCAUAUGCUAGAUUCAGGCCAGAAACCUGAUAAUGUAAUAAUGACUACGGUUCUAUCAGCUUGCAACCAUUCUGGUCUUGUGGAUGAGGGGUUGAAGAUUUUCGAUUCCAUACAACAGGUUCACCACAUGAAACCAAGUGUUGAGCAAUACGCAUGUUUGGUGGAUCUCCUCGCCCGAAAAGGUAGAAUAAAGGAUGCCUAUUCUCUUGCACACAAAGUGCCUAUUGAAGCUAGUUCCAAUAUAUGGGGUGCAUUGCUUGCUGCAUGUACCAUCCACAAUGAAGUUGAGAUGGCACAGUCCAUUAGCAGUCGCCUUACUGAUGUUAAUGCUGCAACUGAUGAUGUCGGAAACUAUGUGGCGCUGUCGAAUUUGUAUGCUUCCAAUGCUAGUUGGGAUGGUGUUCUGAAAAUGAGGAGACUGAUAAAAACGAAAGAUUUGAAAAAGCCAUCUGGUUGCAGUUGGAUUGAGGUAGAAAAUAGUAAACAUGAAUUUCUUGCUGGAGAUUAUUCCCACCCAAAGAGAGGAUGUAUAUACGAAGUAUUAAGUACCUUAGAUCAGCAUAUCAAAGAGUUGUAUGAGUAUUUUACUUUGUAAAUUUUAGAACACUGCCCCAAUACACACCAAAUCCAUUGAAACUUCGUAAUGAAGCACGUCCUGGUCAAUAGUAAUAUGAUUCAUAUAACCGAUUCCACCCAGUUAAUGUUGUGCUUGAAAAUCGCAAUGCAAUUCUCGGAUAGGAAUACUGAAAUAGCGUAUCAAUGAGGG